AUGACGCCCAAUGACGAUGUCAAGCGCGCGACAAGUGUGUUAACAAUCGCACAGAUCAAAUUCAAGCAAGCAAUGAAAAAGACAGAUACCGAAGAUCGUCUUCCCAUUCCAGUCGAAGUUAGCUCGCAGCUCUUCAGCAACAUAGAUGCUGUUCUUAAGCAGAACACGCGUGUGAACAUCCAGAAAUGCACAGAGUGGAUCGUGAAGCACGUAGCUCCCUCCAAGGCUCGGAUCGCCAUCCUCGGUGACUAUCUCAUCGCUGUCUCCAAGUCCAUUGUUGUAGACCAGAGUGCUCCAGGACCAGCAAAGAAAGCAGCCCGCAAUCGGAUGGAUUUGUUGCUGAUUGUCAACGAUGUCCUGCAUACUGACAAGUUCCAUCGUCGCAACACGAUAAAGCAGGGUAUCUUCAGCGACGAAUGUGAAAGCUUUGUUGUUGAUUUGAUCGAACAAGGAGCCGUAUGUAUCACUGAGAGGGCAUCACAGCUAGAGUUGAAACUUAGAGCCAUUAUCAACUACUGGACUGUCAAUAGGCUCCUCAGUACAGAGAGUCUCAAAACCUGCCGGGAAAAGGCAGAUGAAGCCUUGCUCAUUGCCCAAGGUGGCAUGCCUGUCCGCAAGCGCAAUUACCUCCUGCCAGAGUUCCACGGCGACCGAUAUGCCCCAUGGCACGAUCUCCCCGCAUCAUACAUGCUCGAGCAGAUGAUCAAGUACCCGAAACGCCCAAUCAACCCCUCCAAAAUCCAGGUCCAGAGGCUAGACAAGAAGCCUGUCAGCCCUCACGUUCGCAACCUGCUCGACAACUUCUUUGAAAAGAUCGAUCUCAAGUACCUGCCAACGGGCGAUAAUCCGACGAGCGAGACGACCAAGUACAAACUGUCGUUGGACCCCAUGGGUCAGUUGGUCAAGCAGAACAAGGAGACUGGCGAGACAGUGACAGUGGCAAACGGAUACGGUUGGUCGCCGAAGUUCUGUCAAGAUAUGCAGAAGUUCGGCGUUCCGGAAAACAUCAAGAUUGCGCGAGAAGAUGCUGAGCGUAUGGAGGACAUGGACGACCUGCCAGUCACGUCCGUGGCGCGUCGUGAUGACCGACAUAGUAGGCCUACUACUUCUUCGUCAGACUCGGAUUACAGGCGGGAGCGAAUGGGAUACAAUCGUAGUCGAAGUCGUAGUUACUCUCGUCGUUCCUCCGGGUCGUACGACGAUGAUCGCUCGCCUCCACGUCGAAGAUUUCGCGAAGAGAAUCAAGGGCGCCGCAGGGUCUCGCCUUCGCCAUCCUCCAAGCCCACGCGUCGAGAGCUUGAGCAGAGAGGACUCGUUGAGAAUAGCCAGGGCAGUCCGGGUAAUCAUCAGCACCAUGUUCCGCCCAUGCCGCCCCAGAACUACGGUCAACCAUAUUCUCAGCCUCCGCAAGCGCCUUUCAACGCGCCGCCGUUUCCGCCGCAGCAUAUGCCCCCGUUCGAUGUCCCACCGCCUCCCCCGCCGCAAUUCCAGGGACCUGGAGGCUUCGUUCCUCCUCCCCCGCCCCCCAACUUCAACGGCGCAUGGGUACCUCCCCCUCCGCCUCCCAAUUUCAACGGCGGAUGGCCUUAUCCUCUUCCUCCAAACAUGAAUAUGCCGCCCCACGGUCCACAACAAAGCAACCCACAUGGAGGCCAGUACGGCAAUCAGGGUGGUAAUCAAUACGGCAACCAAGGCGGCAACCAGUACGGCAACAAUGGUCAGUAUGGUCAGAACCGAGGUGGCUACCAAGGGGGACGUGGUUAUGGCGGGGGACAGCGUGGCGGCAACAGAGGCGGUUGGAGGGGAACCGGGCGUGGCGGGCGAUACUAAAAUUAGUUGGAGAGGCCUAUGGCCAUUGUGUGCAUGCAUAUCUGGUGGAGCGUGUCUUGAUGUGUGGAAACCUGUAGGAUACCUAGUUCAUGAUGGCGAUCAUGUUGCGGAAGCAUGUAUAGUUUUAUAGAGGACUUGAUAGUUGGGCUAUUGGCGGC